AUGGUUAAAGCUCGCCAUUGGAGUAAAGUAAAGGAAUUUCAAGGAAAACCAAAAGAAGAUGACUUUAAAUUAGUUGAAGAAGAUCUUAAUGAUGAAGUUAAAGAUGGAGAAGUUUUAUGCGAAGCUGUUUUCUUAAGUAUCGAUCCUUACAUGGGAAUUCCGGGUGACGAUCUUAUGAAACCGUUUGGUAAAUAUAAUACAAUGUUUGGUGAAGCUGUAUCAAAAGUAAUUAAAAGUCGAAAUGGUCAGUAUCCAGUUGGUACAUUGGUUACUUCAAUGAGUGGCUGGCGUACACAUUUUAUAUCGAAAGAUGGAAAAGAUUUGAACCCGUUGUUAUUUGAUAUUGGAAAUUUAUCACCAUCAAUAACAUUGGGCGUUAUAGGAAUGCCCGGGAUGACUGCUUAUUUUGGUGUUAAGAUGGGUGAACUGAAAUCUGGUGAAAUUUGUGUUGUUACAGCAGCAGCUGGAGCCGUCGGAAGUGUUGUUGUACAAUUAGCAAAAGCUAAGGGUUUAAAAGUAAUCGCUUUUGCGGGUGCAGAAGAAAAAAUUGCUUGGUUAAAAAAUGAUUUAAAAUGCGAUUAUGUUUAUAAUUAUAAGAAGACAUCAUUAGCAGAUGCAUUAAAAGAAGCAGCCCCGGAUGGUGUCGACUUUUACUUUGAUAACGUAUGUUUGAAAUAUUUUUAUUUAAGGUGUCGGCAAUUGAAAAAUCAAGCAGAAAUGACAAUACGUGGUGUUUUGGGUUGGGCCCAUCAAGAUGAAUGGCCAGAAGCACAAGCCGAAAUGGCAGAAAUGAUUAAAAAGGGCACACUCAAAUAUAAAGAAACAUGUACUGAUGGUUUUGAACAAAUGCCGAAAGCGUUUGCUGGUUUAUUCAAAGGUGAUAAUACUGGAAAAGCGGUUAUUAAAGCAAGCAAUUAUCCUUAA